AUGCAUGUUCUUCUAAUAAACGAUGAUGGGCCUCCCAAUCUAAUGUCCUCUCCAUACGCCAAGUUUUUAGUGGAUGCUAUUAGGAAUCAUACAGACUGGGAACUGAGCAUUGUGGUGCCCUCGCAACAGAGAUCUUGGAUCGGUAAGGCUCAUUUUGCAGGCAAGGAGUUAACCGCUCAGUACUUGUACUCUGCUUUGAAUUGUCCUAUGGAUGACUCAUCUCAUGGCCCAUUUGCCAGUCCGGUAUCUCGUUAUCGUGAGGAUAAGAAUCUUCAGGAAUGGGUACUUAUAGACGGAACACCAGCAUCAUGUACCGAUAUUGGUGUUCAUCAUCUGUACAAAGAUAAACCCCCUGUUGAUUUGGUUCUCAGUGGGCCUAAUUACGGAAGGAACUCGACUGCUCUGUAUAUAAUGGCAAGUGGGACAUUAGGAGGUGCUCUGGAAGGGGCAUUGACCGGGAAAAGAGCUAUCGGUUUAAGUUAUUCUUUUUAUACCAGAGAUCAUGAUGCUAAAGUGUUAAAAAUUGCUUCCGAACUGAGUCUCAAGUUGAUUAAAUACCUCUAUAACAACUGGCAUCCUGAAGCUGAAUUGUAUUCCAUCAAUGUUCCCUUGAAAGACUCCUUAGGUCCUGAUACAAAGGCCAUAUUUGCCCCAAUCUUAGAAAAUAGAUGGGGCUCCGUCUUCACCAAAGUCAUUGAAUCGAAAAAGGACCUCCCAGAAGUAUCCGAUAUUGUUGAUGAAACUGUUGCGCAUAAAACCACUUUCAAAUGGACUCCCGACUUUGAUUCCGUCCAUACCAGCGUAAAGGAAAGUGUUGGUCUGAAUGAUGGUAAAGUCGUUGAGCAAGGUAAUAUCAGGUAUGUAACUAUUUUGCCUUUCUUCAGAGUAUUGUCUACUAACAAUUUAGUGUCACUCCACUUAAAGCAGUUUACAAGGGUGUUGACUCCAUUGAGGGUGAAAUUGAUUUCCAAUAAAUCGGUACUAUUGGUCACCUAUGACAAAAACUCUUACAUCUUCGACCCUUUGAUCAAUGCCAUGGAAAGAAAACUUCCCAAGGUGCCAGUAGUAAGUACUUUUCCUGAGAAGUACCACAAACUAGUUCAUUACGGCGAUUAUGAGGGACUGAACUUUGACAAGAUAGUGAGUGAGCCCUCAUACAAGGUUUGUUCUUAUAUCUAUAGAAAGGCGCUGAUUAGAAAGCACUAUCUAGCUAACACUGUUAAGGUUUACAAAACGAAGCACCCUGAGUCUAUUUUGGCUACCCAUGUACCCUUAUCGUACCAAUUGGAAUUAGACUAUGCAGAGUUUUUGGAUGAUGCCUUGGACGAGUAUUUAGAUUUGAGAGAGGAAUUGGAAGAGAAUGAGUCUUCAGGCUGUCACAAAACUUAUAUUCUGAAACCAAGUAUGAGCGAUAAGGCUCAGGGCAUUCGAAUUUUCAGAACUAUUGACGAAUUACAGGCAAUUUUUGAUUCAUUCGAAGAUGAAGCGUCUGAUGCCGAGGAAGAGGCCGAAGAGACUAACGAUGCUGCCUCAGACAAUCGCAUAAUCAUCUCUCAAUUGCGUCACUUUAUUGUUCAAGAGUAUGUUGACAAACCCUUGCUUCUGCCCCAAUAUAAUAAUAGGAAGCUACACAUUAGAACGUACAUUGUUGCCAAUGGGGACCUUGAGGUUUACGUAUUCGAAAAAAUGCUGUUGUUGUUUGCAAAUGAUCCCUAUGUUUCUCCCGAGAAGACUGAAAAAGAUGAAGAUGGAGUCUUUAUUUUGAAUGGCCAUUUAACAAAUACAUGCGCUCAGAAGACAGUCAUCACCGAUGAAAUCACAGAUGCUAACACCAAUGUCGUUGAACUGUGGAGCUCCAAGUUAACUGAAAACCAAAAGCAAAAGUUAUUUGGUCAAGUUAAGGAGAUCGUCAAAGAGCUUUUCAAAGCUGCAUUAUCUGUAGACAGAAUCAACUUUCAACCAUUAAGUAAUGCAUUUGAAGUUUUUGGGAUUGACUUUUUGGUGGAUGAAAAUUUCGAAUGUUCACUUCUAGAAGUCAACUCCUACCCCGAUUUCAAGCAAACGGGAGACGAUUUGAAGCAGAUAAUUUACCAGCUCUUUGAGGGGAUUGUGGAUCAAUGCAUCUCCCCGUUUUACUUUCCAGAUUCCAAGAAGAAAAACCCUCUCAUGCACAAGGUAUUGGACACUAAUACCGGUAGCUUAAGCUGA